AUGUCCUACCAGCCACCCUCCACCCAAGGCAAGCCCUUCGUCCCCGACUGGAUCCCUCCCCCUGUUACCAAGACAGAGCAAGACUGGGCCCAGCUCCACACCAUUGAGCUCUCCCUCCUUGACUCCCCCGACCCCAAGGUCGUGCAAGACCUUGUCGAGCUUGCCAAAGUGGCCAUCAAGGAAGACGGGUUCUUGUAUCUCAAGAACUAUGGCGUCUCAUACGACCAGUUGAUGCGCCAGUUCUCCAUCGCUCAAUACAUCCACGCCAACAUCUCCGAGGCAGACAAGGCCAAGCUGCUCUGGGAUCCCGAGACCGGUCUGUUUGAAGGCUACAAGGCGCCCUACGGCUGGAAGCGUGAGAGAGCCCGCCCGGACGGUAUUUCCCAAUUCAACUUCUACACCCCCGAAUUCGAAGACCCCAACAAAGUCCCCGAAUGCGCCUUGCCUUUCAUGGAUGAGAUCGCCGCUUUCUGCGAGUACUUGACCAAACAAGUGAACCGCCGCCUUUUGACGCUCCUUUCCAAGGUACUCGAGCUCCCCGACGACUACCUCUGGAACAACGUCCAGUCCCAAGGCGGCCCCGUCGCCGAAGGCUACUUCCGUCAUGCCCUCUUCCGACCUCCUCCCAAAGAGACACGGGAGCUCAGUGGCGGUCUGCGUAUGAACGGUCACACGGAUUACGGAACCACAACCCAGCUUUUCUCUGUGCCGAUCUCUUGUCUCCAGAUCUGGGGUAGGGAUGAAAAGUGGCAUUACGUCAAGUAUGAGCCUGGAGCGCUCGUAAUCAACAUCGGCGAGACCCUUGAGAUCUUGUCUGGAGGUCAUUUCAAGGCUACCCGACACAGGGUAUUCGAGCCUCCCUCCGACCAACUGGAGGAAGAACGUCUCUCCCUCGUGCUCUUCAACGCUUCCAUGGGUCACUUGCGUAUGACGCCUUGUAUGGAGUCACCACUCCUCAAACGCGAAGGCUGUGUAUCCUCUCAAGGCGUAUUCAAGGAAUUCCAAACCGUCAUGGCUUCCGGCAUCUCCGUCCCCACCAACAAACAAUGGCGAGAAGCGCAGAUUGCGUCGAUGAGGGACACGACGGUGCCGCAGAAGGAGGUGGAGAUCAAUGGGAAGAAACAUAGUGUGAGAGAGUUCUUUGGGGUCAAGGUGCUGUUGCCUGUUUGA